CUUUUUUCCGCCACGACACGUGUACCCUUCUAUCGAGUGCAAAGAUCUUUAUUUACUCUUUUAGCAUCUUAGUCCCGCUCCAUGCUGCAAGCGCGAGUACAACCCUUCUUGUCUACGCCUUCGCUUAAUCGAAGAGCAUGUAUCCGAAUAGCAUGUUCAAAAGGCUUUGGCGUGAAGCCGAAAGCAGUACCCAAACCGCGGAAAGACCAACCUGCUCCCGAGCCUUGCCCGUGCGACUCAGGCAAAGCGUACAAGAACUGCUGUGGGCCUGUGCACCGCGGCGAACGGAUUGCGCUGACGCCUGAGGACACUCUCCGGGCCCGGUUCGCGGCAUUCUGCAAGGGUGAGGCUGAUUACAUCAUCAGUACCACCCAUCCGGACUUCCAUGUGAACCACUACCAGAUCUCCACUCCCGGCGGUGCUGAGGAGCGGCUCAGGCAGGACGCCGCAACCGCCUGCAACCGCUUCGCGUACACGGGGCUGCGCGUGCUGGCUUCGGAGCCGGGAGACAGCGAGCUGGACGGCUACGUGUCAUUCGAGUACCUGAGCCGCUCCCGCUCCGCCCCCGGAGCGCCCCUCACCGCCCAGGAGGCCAGCGACACAGCCGGCUGGAACCGUACGGCGGAGAAGUGCAAGUUCGUACAGGCUCCCAACGGCGUCUGGCAGUUUGCUGACUACCAGACAACCACUUUCGAUGCUAGCAUGCUGGCAGGGCUACCGAAAUAGCGGCAGCAGUUGAAACAACCGCACUACAGCAGUAGAAUGGUUGCUGCUGGUGUGGCGCCGUGCUUGCUAGAAGCGUUGCUGGCAGUAGCAACUAACUCUGUUUGGUUAGGACGAGUUUACAUGUAGCAAUGGAGCGUGGGGUGGUUCAGGGCGCGUUAAUUCGGUUUCGUACACGCAUUCAUUUGUGACAUUCGUCGUGCUUUCUUGAAGGGGUUUUCACUUGCUGCGACACACCCUAGUGUUUUACUGUGAAUCUGUUGCAUUGCAUGUCUCAACUUCAUACAGUUUACUCUCCGCUGGACUAUAUGCUGUGUCAGGUGUUAACGCUACUGGUUCAUUGCUUGUU